GCCCGUAGGUGCGCCCGCCCGGAGCUGCUCCAGCCUCCACGUCCCGGGCCCGCCGGGGACCCGAUGGAGCUGGGGCUCCGGAGCUGAGCGACGCCACGACCGGGACGCAUCCCCGAUCCACCUGCAAAGCCAGCCGGCCCCCUGCGACCCCGCGUCCCAGCCGUUGGCUGGAGAAACGAGGGUCCCAGAGACGGGGUCCGCGGGGCUCCGCCCACCCCACCCUCCACCCCCGCCAGCCUCCCCGCACCGCCCCCCACCCUCGCCCCGGGGAACAUGCAGCUCCGAGGGAGUUUGCCCUGAGGCCGCGCCACGCCCCCUCCCCAGUCUGAGCCUCCGCGGCGGCGGCGGCGUCGGGGCGGGAACGCACCGCAUCCCGGUGCCCGGCAGCAGCGGGCUCUGCGUCCUCCCGCUCGGACCGUCGGCGUUUAGAGAACCCACCGGCGGCGGCGGCGAAAAGCGGAUUUGAAACCAGGAGUCUGGGCGGACGUGGGGAGCUGGCUCCGCAGCCCCGGCCGCGGCGGCGGCGGCCGCCCCGGGAGCCGCGGGCCCGGGGGGAGCGCCCCGCGGACAUGGCUGAGCCGGCCGUCGGGCGGCGGGGAGCGAGCUGAGCGCCCGCCCGGCGGGUCAGCCCGGGGCCCGGCGGGGUCGUCCGGGGCCCGGCCAUGGCCUGCCGGGGCUGCGGCUGCGGCCCGGGCCACCUGAGCGAGGACAACGCGCGCUUCCUGCUGCUGGCCGCGCUCAUCGCGCUCUACCUGCUGGGCGGCGCGGCCGUGUUCUCGGCGCUGGAGCUGGCGCACGAGCGCCAGGCCAAGCAGCGCUGGGAGGAGCGCCUGGCCGACUUCGGCCGCCGCCACAACCUGAGCCGCGGCGAGCUGCGCGGCUUCCUCCGCCACUACGAGGAGGCGGCCGAGGCGGGCGUGCGCGUGGACCACACCCGCCCGCGCUGGGACUUCACCGGCGCCUUCUACUUCGUGGGCACCGUGGUGUCCACCAUCGGGUUCGGGAUGACGACCCCCGCGACCGUCGGAGGAAAGAUCUUCCUCAUCUUCUACGGCCUCCUCGGCUGCGCGAGCACCAUCCUGUUCUUCAACCUCUUCCUGGAGCGGCUCAUCACCGUCAUCGCCCACGUCAUGAAGUGCUGCCACCAGCAGCAGCGGCUCCGGCGGGAGGGCGCCCCGCCGAGGGGGAGCCCCAAGAGCCAGGGCUGCGGCGGGGCGGGCUGGAAGCCCUCCGUGUACUACGUGAUGCUCAUCCUGUGCCUGGCCUCCCUGCUCGUCUCCGGCUGCGCCUCGGCCAUGUACACCUGCAUCGAGGGCUGGAGCUACUUCGACUCCCUGUACUUCUGCUUCGUGGCCUUCAGCACCAUCGGCUUCGGGGACCUGGUCAGCAGCCAGCACGCCGUGUACGAGAGCCAGGGCCUCUACCGCGUGGCCAACUUCGCCUUCAUCCUCGUGGGCGUCUGCUGCAUCUACUCGCUCUUCAACGUCAUCUCCAUCCUCAUCAAGCAGUCGGUGAACUGGAUCCUGCGGAAGCUGGACGGCGGGUGCUGCGGGCGGUGCCGGGGCGGCCUCCCACGGGCCCGCAGGAACGCGGUCACCCCGGGCCACGUCCGCUCCUCGGGCGGCGGGGGCACGGAGGGCGAGGCGGGCGGGCGGCGGCCCUCGGAGGAGGUGGUCUCCAUGAAGGACUUCCUGGCCGCCAACAAGGUGUCGCUGGCCGUCCUGCAGAAGCAGCUGUCCGAGACGGCCAACGGCUGCUGCCCCCAGGCGGGCAUGCAGCCCCGGGACAGCGAGUUCUCCGGGGGCGUGGGGGCCUUCGCCAUCAUGAACAACAGGCUGGCGGAGACCAGCGGGGACAGGUAGGGCCAAGGAGGCCGAGGGGAGGGCGGCGGGGGGAGGAGCGUCACGGAGCUGGCUCUGCCCGGGGCUGGGC